AUGGGUCAGCAAACCCGCAGGGAAUUCCAUUCCGGUCCCUUGCCUACUGCCUUAUUUUAUAACGAUUAUAAUUAUCAUCACCACCACCACUAUCAUUAUGACCCACGUCUUAUUGAGCUUGCCAAUAAAAACGAGACUAUCGAUUUAGUUUCUCCAUUUGGCAAGCUCGAAGGCUUGAGUCACGACGAUGUCCGAGAAACUGCCUAUGAAAUAUUUUUCACGGCAUGCCGAUCAUCACCGGGUUUUGGAGCACGGCAGACACUCUCGUUUCAUUCCCACGAGAAUGAAACGAAGUCGAGCCAGGUGGUGAUGUCACCCACAAGUAAGGUGAAGCGGGCUUUAGGGUUGAAAAUGUUGAAAAGGUCACCAUCGAGAAGAAUGGUGUCGAGUAGCAGUGGAGGGUCAACCACAACACCGUCAUCACCGUCGAGAGGAGGCAGUCCUUUUCAUCAUAACAUGCUACCACUGAGGCCGCGGCGGCCGAUGACUUCUGCAGAGAUUAUGAGACAACAGAUGAGGGUGACUGAGCACAACGAUCAUCGCCUGAGGAAAACCCUAAUGAGGUCUUUCGUUGGCCAAGUGGGAAAAAGAGCAGAAACUAUCAUUCUCCCUUUAGAUCUUCUACGCCACCUUAAACCCUCAGAAUUCAGUGAUUCUCGUGAGUAUCAUAUGUGGCAAAAGAGACAACUCAAAGUCCUUGAAAUUGGGCUCCUCCUACACCCUUCAAUUCCUUUAGAAAAAACCAACACAUUUGCCAUGCGCCUUAGAGAUAUCAUACGUAAUGUUGAGUCCAAAUCUAUAGACACAGGCAAAAACUCUGAUAUCAUGAGAACCCUUAUCAAUUCUGUUGUUUCCUUAGCAUGGAGAAGUAGUCCUAAUGGAACCCCUACUGAUGUUUGUCAUUGGGCUGAUGGAUUCCCUUUCAACAUUCACUUAUAUACUUCUCUUCUUCAAGCCAUUUUUGAUGUUAGAGAUGACACAUUAGUCCUUGAUGAAGUUGAUGAGUUACUUGAGUUGAUGAAGAAAACAUGGUCUACAUUGGGGAUCAACAAGCCAAUUCACAAUGUGUGCUUCACUUGGGUGUUGUUUCAACAAUACGUUGCAACUGGGCAGAUAGAACCUGACCUUCUAUGUGCCUCACAUGCUAUGUUAUCAGAGGUGGCCAGUGAUGCUAAGAGAGAAAAAGAAUCUUUCUAUGUCAAAUUAUUGACAUCAGUGUUGAGUUCAAUGCAAUGUUGGGCAGAGAAUCGACUUGUUAAUUAUCAUGACCAUUUCCAAAGAGGGAGUGUUGGUGAAAUUGAAAACCUUCUUCCUGUGGUGUUGUCAGUCUCAAAGAUUUUAGGUGAAGAUCUUAUAAUAUCAGAUGAUGGAGAAGGGGGAAAGAAAGGAGAUAUAACUAUAGUAUAUUCAUCUGGGGAUCGGGUUGAUUUUUAUAUUCGAUCUUCUAUGAAAAAUGCAUUUGAAAAGGUAGUUGAGGCAGUGAAUGCCAAGUGUGCUGAAAUGCAAAUAAAGGGAGAAUUAAGUGAAAUUCUGCUUCAUUUAGCACAGGAGACAGAAGAUUUAGCAAUGAAGGAAAGAGAAAAUUUUAGUGCAAUGCUAAAGAAAUGGAACCCAGCAGCAUGUGGAGUAGCAGCAUUGAUGUUGCACAAUUGCUAUGGGCAUGUGCUGAGGCAAUAUUUAAGUGAAGUUAACUCACUGACUUAUGAGACUGUUGACGUAUUGCAGAGAGCUGGAAAGCUAGAAAAGGUUUUGGUCCAAAUGAUGGUGGAAAAUUCUACUGAGGGUGAGGAUAAUGGCAAAACAGUUGUGAGAGAGAUGAUUCCCUAUGAUGUUGAUUCAAUCAUCUUGAACUUUUUGAGAAAAUGGAUACAUGAAUCUCUGUACAAAGGAAAAGAGUAUUUGCAAAGAGCAAAAGAAACUGAAACAUGGAAUCCAAAGUCCAAAUCAGAGAUAUAUGCACAAUCAGCUGCUGAGCUGAUGAAAUUGGCCAAGUCAAUUGUAGAAGAAUUCUUUGAAAUUCCAAUAGAAGUAACUGAAGAUUUAGUUCAAGAACUUGCUGAUGGAUUGGAAAGUCUCUUCCAAGACUACAUAAUGUUUGUUGCAGCAUGUGGUUCAAAACAGAACUAUAUUCCUUCAAUUCCUCCACUAACCAGAUGUAGCAAAGAUUCAAAGUUCAUCAAGCUGUGGAAGAAAGCAAGCCCCUGUGGUGCUAGUAGAUCUGAGAUGGAUCACAUAAAUGGAACAAAUGAAGGUCAUCAUCCUCGGCCAUCAACUAGUCGCGGCACACAACGCCUUUACAUUCGUCUCAACACCUUACAUUAUCUCAUUUUUCACAUAAACUCCAUUGAAAAAUCACUCUCUCAGACACCUUGUGCAGUUCCUUCGAAUCAUUAUCGCUUUGCAAACAACCUUAGGACUCAAGGCAACAUUGGUUCAUAUUUUGAAAUAGUUAACUCUUCCAUUCCAGCAGCAUGUCAACAUGUCUCAGAAGUUGCUGCAUACCGUCUCAUAUUCCUUGAUUCCAACUCUGUCUUCUAUGGUAGCCUCUAUGUUGGUGAUGUAGCCAAUGCGCGAAUUCGACCGGCAUUGAGAAUCCUCAAGCAGAAUAUCACACUAAUGACAACAAUGUUGACAGAUAAAGCUCAAUCACUUGCAAUGAAGGAAGUAAUGAAGGCCUCAUUUGAAGCAUUCCUCAUAGUUUUGCUUGCUGGUGGAAGCUCAAGGGUGUUUAACAGAUCUGAUCAUGUGUUGAUCAAAGAGGAUUUUGAUAGUUUGAACCGGGUUUUCUGCACUUGUGGAGAAGGAUUGAUAGCAGAAAAUGUGGUGGAAAGAGAGGCUGCAGUAGUGGAAGGUGUCAUAGCAUUGAUGGGGCAAAAUACUGAACAGUUGAUGGAAGAUUUCAGCAUUGCCACAUGUGAAACAAGUGGGAUCGGAGUUAUGAGUAAUAUGCAGAAGUUGCCAAUGCCUCCUACUAGAGGAAGAUGGAAUAGAUCAGAUCCAAACACAAUAUUGAGGGUAUUGUGUCAUAGAAAUGACAGAGCUGCAAAUCUUUUCUUAAAGAGGACAUUCCAAUUAGCAAAGAGGAGAUGA